AUGAUGACGAUGAUGAUGACGAUGAUGAUGAUUAUAGCUAACUUGGUUCUAGGCAAGAAGAGAUACGAACUGGCCUGCUAUAAGAAUAAGCUGCUAGAGUACCGAUCUGGAGCUGAGACAGACCUGGACAACGUCCUUCAGAUCCCCACUGUUUUCCUCUCCGUAUCCCGAGGCCACACUGCGCCCACAGCAGAGCUAGCCAAGUCGUUUGGCAAGGAUUACAAGAUAGAAGAUGUCAUCCAGGAGAUCCUGCGCAAGGGUGAGGUACAAGUGGGCGAGAAGGAGAGACGGGAUAUCCUCGAUCGGGUCGAGAAGGAGGUGUUGGAGAUAGUGUCUGCCAGGCUGGUCGACCCUGUGUCGAAACGCGUCUACACCACAGGGAUGAUUGGUAAAGCGCUGGACCAGUUGAGUGCUGCCAGCGGACAGCAGCAGCAGCAGCAGCAACAACACCAAAACCAACACCAACAUGAAACCGCAGAGGCAGAAGGAGACGAAGAGAUAGCGAAGAAGACAGCAGAUCUGACGCUCACCCCGCGAAAACCGCUGUGGACGGGCGUCACAACUUCAAAGUCAGCGAAGAUCCAAGCCCUGGACGCAAUGAAGGCCCUGAUCGCUUGGCAGCCUAUACCCGUCAUGCGAGCCAGGAUGCGUCUCCGUAUUACAUGCCCGACAUCUAUACUGAAACAGCCCGUCCGGACAGCGCCAUCCUCGACUGGUGCAUCCGGCAACGCAAACAGCGCGCCCUCAUCGUCCAAAAAGGAGAAAGGCAAGGGGAAAAAGGGUAAGAAGGCCGCCGCCGCUGACGACGACGACGACGACGAAGAGGGUGACCAGAGUAAAGCUUCUGCGUCUCCCUCUACCCCGGCUCCAGCUGCGGCUGCGGGGACGGUCAAGGACCGGAUCCUCAGCUACCUGGAACAGAUCGAGUCGCAGGAGGUGAUAGGCGGCGACGAAUGGGAGGUCCUGGGCUUUGCGGAGCCGGGGGCCUUCAAGGGGCUGGGUGAGUUCAUCGGCGGAGAGACCAAGGGCAAAGGCCGAGUCGAAGUGAUGGACAUGGCCGUAACUCACGAGGAGUAG